AAAGGAAUAGUUGUGGUAUUGAAAAAAAUGUACAGUGCAAUCGCUCACUUAAAUUUUGUGUACCACAAACGCAAUCAUAAAAUACAAACCACUAGGGAGACCAUAAAACCUUCUCCAAGCAACACAGCUAGUAUCAGAAUGACACAACAGAUACGGCAAACAGAUCAAUCGAAUGGUCCACAGACACAGGGAGUAGCAACCAAUGGCGCACAUAACCACAACCACAGCCACAACUCCAAUGUCAAUGCUAGAAAGAAUCCAGUCUAUACCCCAUCAUUGAAAUGGGUUCAACAAAUUAGAGCCUUACCAUCCAAACCCAAUGAUAGUUUACAAUUAGAGUUUGUCAUCGAUAAUCUUGAUAAUUCAAGGAAGUUGAUUGGGCAUAUUAAUGAUUUUACGAAUAAUGUGGAAGAGUUUACCGAUAUUGUGGAUGAGAGAAUUAAUGGUGGAUUAUUGCAAUUGAAUCAGGUUAAGUUUGAAUUGGAUUGGUUACAAUGA